CACACACACGGAGGGAGAGAGAAAGAGAUAGAGAGGGAGGGAGGAGUAUCGCUGCUCAUAUUCACCGCAGAACAAAACGAUUCUUAGUCGACCGCUGGAGAUACUCCCGUGAACAGAUAGUGCGCAGUGACAGUAAAAACCAAGAUGUUCAACCGGACCACACCUUUGUGCUCACCUCACCAAGAUUCGGGCGUUGCACCGUUCAUCAACGUGCCAGAUGUCUAUUACAUGUAUCCAGUGUGUCCCGCAGACAGAGCGCCGAUGUACUUGCCCCUGCUGCUGCACAGUGUGACGCCCCCAAGCGUGCCAACAACACAGGAGAAGUGUUACGACCCUCAUGACAAAACACUUAAAUUUGUCGAUGGAGAAGAUGAUUUGGACUUCUUGUGUGAAGGCUUCAAAUCUCCCAGAGCUCAGAUGUCCUGUGGUCACGCUGUGACCCCGACCUCUCUCACCAACUGGUGUCGCAGGUUGUUGGACCAGGGUGAAAGCAGGUUUGUGUGUGGUGGGUCUGGUUGUAACGUGGAGUGGACAUUUGCAGAGGUUUUUAAAAUGGCUCUGCUGACCCCUCAAGAAAAUGCACAUUUUAGAAGAACCAUGGCGUUCAAUGCUGCCAGGCAGACACAUACGACUAAGAUGUGUCCUGGAUGUGGAUCUGCUGUGACGAGAGAGAAUGAAUCAGAUUUGAAUGUCCUCUGUAAAAAGUGCACAGCAGUAAAAGGACGGCCGUUUGAAUUCUGCUGGCAGUGUUUGAGGGAGUGGAAGGGUGCACGGCCUCGGAAAGACCGCUGUGGAAAUCGUGGCUGCUGCAACCAGUCAUUAGAGACACUAAAUAAAUGCCCAAAUAUCACCUUUGAUUCAGUGAAGGAGUGUCCCUCUGUUCGUGCCUGUCCCACCUGUGGGUUACUGUUGGAGCACAGCAAGAAGUAUUGUAAAUCGGUUCAUUGCCCUCGAUGCAAUGUGACAUUUUGUUUUGUGUGCCUGAAGAGCUCCAGUACAUGUUUGAUAACCAGGUGCAUUCCUGCCCCCAGACAGACCUCUAUACCUGUCUGGCAGAAGAAAUAAUGGGAAAGAAACAAGGCCGUUAAGUUUCACUUUCUUUAAAUUAUGAGUGUCUUUUCUAAAUCAAUUGACCAUGCUGUGUUUUUUAAUUCUCUGCUUUAAAUGUCAUCGCAUUAAAAAUAAAAAUAAAAAUUAUGUUAGUGAGAAAUGUAUUACCAGAUAUGAUCUUUGCAGCUGUGUCAUGUCUGAACUGUAAUGAUAAAUCUGAUAAAUGUCAUUCAUUCAUAAACUUAGAAUAAGGUUAAACAUUCUGUGUGCACAUCCUCUCCUCUGGUUACUUACAUAUAUAACACAUGUCGUCUCCUUAUCACACAUUUUGUUUGUUUUGCUAACUACGUGAUGUUAAAUCUGUUUAGAACAAAUGUUUCGUGUAGGAAAACCUUGUUAUGUUUAAUCAACGUCAAUGCUCUUAUUUCCUCUAAAUUGUUUCGAGCAAAUGUCUUUUUUAAUAAAACUUUAUGUUUAAUUAAAGUCAUUGUGUAAAACAUUCAGUAUAUUUAAGUUAAUUGUUUCAUUUUCAAAAUUAAAAAUAAAAAUGUGUCUCUGAGGAAGAAAAGCUUGCAACACCAUAUUUAAUACAAGCCUGUAGAUUUUUCUUUUUUUCUGCCUUUUUGUUCCUUAGUGUAUAGAAAAUGAACACUGUCAUGUAAAAUGUGAUUCUUUACUAUACAUUGUUAAAAAAAUAA